AUGACUGUGCGAGCACGAGUGUGGAGGGGAUUGCUGGCAUUUUGGCGUUUCUGUGGGGAACUCCUUAGCCAGAAGCACGGUGUGGUUGAGUCUAUAGGUGAUGGUUUUGCCUGGUGGGGCGGCCUCUGUUUCCGGCAUCCGCUAAAAAUCAUUUGCGGAUCUAUUGUUGCAUGCCUCAUUCUCUCCACUGGGCUACUGCCCCCUACGCCUAUUUGGGUUGACGGCGCGGAGCGGCUUUACACCUUGCCUUUUUCUCGGGCUCGAGACGAUGGAGUUUUGCAUGAAAACCUGUUUGGAGAUGUACACGGUAGGAAGAGUGUCGUCAUUCUCACUCACAAGGUUAAAGGCACGAACAUUCUUACUUGGCAGCACCUGGAGGAAGUGCGACGCAUCGACUCCAUCAUUCAAGGCAAAGACACCGACCCCGAAAUGGGGCGAAAACUCGUUAUUCCCCGUUCUCCCGACGUCAUUUCCAACGUCAGCAAGAACAGUCAGGAGGGGUCAGAAGGUUUGGCCCCGGGGCAGCACAGCGUGACUGAUGAGUCCGCCUUCCUUACAUUUGAAGAUGUGUGCCUGCGAAAUGCGCUUGGUGGCUGCUCAGCUGAAUCUAUCUUGUCCUUCGGCCUGGCAGACUACAAAGCAGCUGGGCUGGUGCAGGGGGAGCCGGAAGUGUGGCUCUUCGGGGGCACUGCUUUCAACGUUCAGCAAGUCGCGUUCAUUCCAGAGUACUACUUGGGGGGGUUCACAAAGGAAGCAUGCGAGAGGCGCAUGCCCAGGGCAGUCGCCGAGAGGCUCCUGCCUCCUUCAGCCAUAAGGGAGCUACCUACCCCUGAAGACGCGUUUGUUUUGGGGUCUAUUGAAUGCAUAACUUCUGCCAGCGCGCUGAUGUUGCAUUAUGACGCAGACGGGCGUCCCAUGCACGAAGAAAGAAACGCCACUUGGGAACGACUGCUCAUCCAGGUCCUCAAAGCAAACCAAACUCUGGGGAGUCUCCGAGCAUAUUUUCAGGCGUUUCGGUCUCGAGAUGAUGAGCUCAAAGCUUCCACGGCUGAGUCAAAGGAUGUGGUUUACGUGGUGUUCACGUUUUUCCUCCUCGCCAGUUACUCCACAGCCCUCAACUUCUCGUGUGAUUUGUACCGCUCCAAGCUGUUCAGCUCCCUCAUGGGGUUUUUCGCAGCUUUCAUGGGGCUGGGGGCCGGAAUGGGAAUAGUGUGCUAUAUGAAGGUGGCAAUGGUUCCCACUGUGCUUAUUUGUCCUUUCCUAGUUCUCGGAAUCGGUGUAGAUGACGUGUUUGUGUUGUUGAAUGCAUAUUGCAUGGGAUACACCACCCAUGAUCCAGAACAACGAUGCAUCGACACCCUCAAAACAUCAGGACUAGGCAUCACAAUCACUACUCUUACAAAUCUUAUUUCCUUCGGUGUUGGCUCCUUCAGCACCUACCUUUCGAUUCGGAACUUUUGUGUGUACAGUGCAAUGGCCUUGCUGCUGGGUUACAUCUUUGUUUUGACAUUCUUCUUUCCUGUCCUCUGCCUUGAUGCAAAGAGAGAAUUCUACUUUCGAAUAUCUCCCUUCUGCUUGCCCACAACGUCACAGCUCCACCAGAAACUCGAAGAGGAGAAGGAGCACAUGGGGCCAGCUGAACUGCAGGUCCACAACGUGCUCAAGUCGGUUUCCCAGGAGGAAAUUGUCGCCUAUAGGGUUAACGUCUUCUUUGAAGAGAAGGAAUUGCGGAAAAGAAAGAGACGAGACGAACGCGAAUGCCGAAAGCUGGAGGGGCAAGCCGCAGGCGAAUCUGCAGUGAAAAAGUCUGUCGUUACCCGUGCUGCCGCCUCGGUACAGAGGUUCUUCAAAUACGCAGCCUCCCAACACUUGGGGGUAGAGCAUCAGGGAGAGGAGGUGGUUUUGAAGACAACUGUGCGCGGUCUGAACCCGCAGCUAGCGAGACAUGCGCUCUACGAUGAGCCUCGGGGUUCCGUGGGGCGCCGGUGGCGGACAUUUUUUCUGUGCUACUAUGGGCCAUUUUUAAUGAAAAGGCCUGUGAAGAUUGCAGUGUUAAUGAUUUUCAUCACCAUUGCGGCAGUCAGCAUUUACGGAUUUUCCAAGCUUGAGUUGGGUCUUGAAAUUUCUGAACUUGCCCCGGUAACGUCGUACAUGCGACGCUUUGAUGAAAUCUACGCGGAGUAUUUUAACAAGUUCGAUCAGCCGACGGACAUAUUCUUUCUCCCCACUCCUGUUGCUGUUCCUGAGCAGCCUCCACAAGACCAAACCACUGACGUUGAUUUGCUGAAUCUUGAUGAGUUCCUUAGCAGGGGUUAUAACUCAGAGACGCACGAGCAGAAACAACAGCAACCCCAAACCCCCCAGUGGUGGAAACCCGAAGUGCAAGCCGCCCUGCGCUUGGCGCAUCACCGCAUCGCCUCGAGGCCUUCCACCUCCAGACUCAUUAACCCAUUGUUGGCCAUGCUGGAUGAUCCUGAAAUUGGGCCAAAGCUGCGGCAAGGAGACAAACAGAUCUUUUUGGAUACUCUGUACUACCAGCUUAUGCAAUCUGGCUCUCCAUACCGUCAGUUUGCGCUGGACUUUGUGUGGAGUGGUUCUGAGCUCAAGACAUACCGCAUGCGUUUACUGCCAAAGUAUAUGGCACGGUCAGAACAGAGGGCAUUCUGGAUGCAGCAGCUUAGGCAAGACUGCGACGCAAUGAUAGACCCUGAGACCCAGUUAGACACCAUGCUGAAGGAGAUGGAGCAGCAGGAGCUCUCAGAUGACCCCGACGUCCUCUACGAACAACUACAGAGGCAGCGAGAUCUCGAAAUGCUAAAGAAUGUACCUAUGGCGCCCCUCAAAAUUGCCGCUUAUACCUACAUGAUGGUGUUCUAUGAGAGCGACUUGGGUAUCCUCAGCUCCGUUCUCAUUAACAUGCUGUCUGCAGGGGUGGCAAUGCUCCUGGUGGCAUUCAUUCUCAUUCCAGAGCUGAGCGCAGGUCUUUUGGUAAUUAUGAUGAUUUGCCUCAUUGACCUGGCCCUCUUCGGCUUUAUGUAUUUCUGGCACGUGAAGCUGCACAUGGUGUCGACAAUUGCGCUGGUUAUUUCAAUUGGAUUUGCAGUGGAUUACUCAGCACACAUGGCAAUAGAGGCGCUUGUGCUCAUGGGCAACCCUCUCUUUCACGGAGCAUCUUCCACACUUCUUGGUAUCUUGCUGCUUGGGUUUAGCGAAUCCUUCGUCUUCACCGUUUUCUUUCGCAUGAUGGUCAUGGUUGUUCUAUUUGGAGCCGCACAUGGUAUGGUUCUGCUGCCCGUAAUCCUCUCGUGGUUGGGUCCAAUGACUGUCGCCCAUGAUAUUGACGAUGUAGAAGAUGGUUGCAGCGGCCUGGAAGAAAACGGAGAUACAAAACCUUCACAGCAGGAGACGGGUACAGCGACAGCUGCAGGUGCUGCAGAAGAGGCUCUCCAUGACGCCACGCGAGUGUCGGUUCCCCCACCAAGUCUUUCUCUCAAGCCCUCUAGCACCAAGCUAGCGGGGCGGGGCCCUUCAUCUGCCAACUCCUCUACUCGCAGCAAUUCAAACGUGCCUCUAAAUUCCCUCCUGACAAUUCCAUCUCACCAACUCUCCUGCAACAGCAGCGCCAUGAGGGACCGCGAAAAUCCCAACAUCACUGGCAGCCCUAUGAGGCGUUCCAAGUCAGCUUCUGCCUCCUCAAGAAGCGGGCUGGGGGAUAUGCAGCAGCACAGGCAAGAUCUGUACCGACGUGCAUCAUUGCUCACACGGAAUGAGUUGCUGUCGGCCAGCAGAAGGCAUGAAGGCAAGCAGCGAGCUCACAGCACCAACGCAUGCACCUCCCGGGCGCAAUUCGCAUCAGCUUCAGGGGAGGCUAGGAAGACUCGGCGCUCGAGCUGCAGCGCCGGCUCGAGGAUAGGCGACAGCGUGGCAGAUACAAUGACAAGUCAAGCGCAGCAUCAGGUUGCCUCAACAUCAGUUCACCCUAAACACCGAAGCCAGCAAUUCAGGCAACUCUUACCACCGAUCAAACACAGGACCACAAGCACAGGCGCAGGGAGGCGCCCAUCGCAAGACCUUUGCAGGACAGGCAGCAGCAACGGCACCAAUAAAACCACCAUGAGAAGUCACACCCACCAGUAG